AUUUCCACUUUUUAUAAUGGCCACUACAGGCUAUGUUGGCGAGAUCCAGCCAGCAGCCCAAACUCAGGGAGCUGGUGUUACAGCACCGAAUCAACCUGAUGCCAGCUCCAGUCCAUCAGCGGCGCCUCAGUUUCUGGCUGUGACGACCGUGACCACUCCCACUGUGGUCACACCGACCGGCCAGGCUACGCCUACUGAGCAAGCCUCCUCCAUUGCCUCUCAGAAACCUGCAGCUGGGAGCCAGACCCCGACUGCAGCACAGGCCCAGCCGGCUCAGACACAGUAUGUCACGGCAGAGAUUCAAGGCUCCCCCACACAGACUGGAAAUGCUCAAAGUACCCCCCAGUACAUCGUUGUUACAGUCACAGAGGGCUCUCUUCACUCCAGUGAUAGUGUGUCGGACUCCAGCCCCCCACCUGUGGUCCAGACAGGGGUUCCUCAAGUUGUUCAGCAAGUACAGACUGCUCAACAGAGAUCCGUGGUGCAGGCCACCUCCAGAUUGCCAAAAACCGAGCCCGGCACACAGAUCAGUGUAACCAGUCUACAGCCUGUUCACAUCACACAGGAGGUGCAGCAGCUCACGUCCGUGCCGGUGCAACACGUUUACGCCAAUCAAGUGCAAUAUGUUGAAGGGACAGCAACUACACCACCAGCACCAUUCGAUCCGGCGCCUUCCCGUACACCGAAACCCCUCUGUACACCCAGACCACUGCUGCCCAGUAUUACGAAGGUACAGUGGUUGCUGGACAACUAUGAAACAGCAGAAGGAGUGAGUCUGCCGCGUUCCACCCUCUACUGUCACUACCUGCUGCACUGCCAGGAGCAGAAGCUGGAGCCCGUGAACGCCGCAUCUUUUGGGAAGCUCAUUAGAUCUGUGUUCAUGGGGCUGCGCACUCGCCGCCUUGGCACUCGGGGCAACUCUAAAUACCACUAUUAUGGGCUGAGAAUCAAGGCAGGCUCCUCACUUCUCCGUCUGAUGGAGGACCAGCAACAUCUGGCCAUGAGGCAACAGCCGUUUUCACAGAAACAAAGGUUGAAGCCUGUGCAUAAAGUGGAAGGAAUGACCAAUGGCACGGCGUCGGGCGCGGCGCAGCAGCAGCAGCAGCAGCAGGGGUCGGGCCAUGUGGACAUCAGCACCCAGGUCCAGCAGUACCAGCAGUUCCUCGAUGCAUCCAGAGCUCUCCCAGAGUUCCCCGACAUCGAUCUCCAAGGGAAGUCUUUGCCAGAGGGCAUCGAGCUCGAGCACAUAAAGAGCUUUCAGCUGCUUUACAGAGAGCACUGCGAGGCUAUACUGGAUGUGAUGGUCAACCUGCAGUUUACUCUGGUGGAGACGCUCUGGAAGACCUUCUGGAGGUUCAGCCAAAGUCAGAGCGGAGAUGCCACCCUGGCCGUCCACGAUGAGUCAGAGAAGCGACUCCCUAAAUCCUGCCUGGUGUUGCUGUGGAAAUAUGAGCCUGUGCUGCGCUGGAGCCGUGACUGUGACAACAGCCUGUACCAGGGCCUGGUGGAGAUCCUGAUCCCUGAUGUCCUCAGACCCAUUCCCAGUGCCUUAACACAAGCCAUCCGAAACUUUGCCAAGAGUCUUGAGAGCUGGCUGACCAACGCCAUGAUGAACAUCCCCGAGGAAAUGGUCCGCAUCAAGGUCACCUCGGCGAAUGCGUUUGCUCAGACGCUGCGUCGCUACACCAGUCUGAAUCACCUGGCGCAGGCUGCCCGCGCCGUCCUCCAGAACACGGCCCAGAUCAACCAGAUGCUGUCCGACCUCAACCGCGUUGACUUUGCCAACGUCCAGGAGCAGGCCUCGUGGGUGUGCCGGUGCGAGGACAGAGUUGUUCAGCGGCUGGAGCAGGACUUCAAGCUGACCCUGCAGCAGCAGAACUCGCUGGAGCAGUGGGCGGCGUGGCUGGACGGGGUGGUCUCCCAGGUCUUAAAGCCCUACCAGCACAGCGCCGCCUUCCCGAAGGCCGCCAAGCUCUUCCUCCUCAAGUGGUCCUUCUACAGCUCCAUGGUGAUCAGAGACCUCACCUUGAGGAGCGCGGCCAGUUUCGGAUCCUUUCACCUCAUCCGCCUCCUGUACGAUGAGUACAUGUACUACCUGAUAGAGCACCGAGUGGCCCAGGCCAAAGGGGAAACUCCCAUCGCUGUCAUGGGGGAGUUUGCCAGUUUAGGCCGAGGCUUGAACCAGCUGGACCCCGACAAAGAGGAGGAAGAAGAGGAAGAGGAGGAGAGCGACGACGAAGGCCAGGAGCUGACCCUCCCGCCGGACGCGGCCGUGCUCGGAGAAGAGUCUCUGGAGCCUCCCGCCAAGCUGGCCAGGACUGACCAGAGAGUCCUCUUCACCACCGGCUCGGGAGACAACUAACCACACACACACACACUAACAGACGUGGGCCGAUUACACUAAACACACACACACUUACAUACACAUACACACACUUGACACAUGUAUAUAGACCUUGUUGAUCUUUGAGUGUACACACAUUGCUGCAUACUCUUUUGUAUGUGUCACACACACAUACACACACACACUGCUGCUGCCUGGACGACACAAACACCCGAUGGCGAUAUUGAUCAAAGCUGCAGUCACUGACUUUGCAGACAGAUGUGGCUUGAAAAAGAAAAGAAAGAAAAAAACCUUUCUUACUCCAAAAAUAGCAUUUUAACCUUUAGUUGUAUGAACUGAAGCCGGGCAUGUUUUAUUUCUCUCACUGCAUUUCCACCUGUAGCUUUUGCCGUCUUCACCCGGAUCCUCCUGAGACUGUCACUGCCGUAUAUCUAAAGUGGUCUUUGAAAUACUGUGACGUGUGUGUAAAGGUACCGUCUGCAGGACGAGCGCGCAAAGCCAACCUCAUGCUGGAGAAACCUGAUACUGAAAUAUUUGUACUGCGGAGGGGACUUCUAGCUUGGUUUGUGGUGUGUGUGUGUGUGUGCGUGUGUGUGUUUCUGUCUGCUUGUACGAGCACUGUGGUCACACGACUCCUCUUCUUACCCCCGGACACCGAUCGAACUGGCUUUCUGAUGGUUGUGCGCGUCUGAUUGCGUGAAUGUAAACCAAGUGUUGUUCUGUAGAUAUUUUCCAAAGCGAUCAGAUUUUUUUUUUUUUUUUUUUGGGGGGUGGGUGAAGGGAUUGAAAUGUGUGUGUGGCUGUGUGUGUAAAUUUCCACUUUGAUUCAGACCACUUGUAAAUGGACUGUCAGCGUGCUCCUGCUGCUCACAGCGGAGCUCGUGGCGUCGGGACUCCCAGUAGUUGCUGCAAAAACCCUCUCUUCCCCUGAACACCGUGAGAGGUGCUCUACCCGCCGUUCUUUAUGUUCCAAGACUUUCCUUCGUUGCCUCUCAUUUGAACCUUUGACAUAUUAUUUCCUCGCCUUAUUUACAGACAUCUUUCCAUGUGUGUGCCAAACCGAUGCGUUCUAAACACAGACCCUGUUGGGUUUCUUUCUUUUUUUCUUUCUACAUUCUCUUUCUAUGUUUUUUUCGGGAGGACUGUGCCUGAGUAAGAACAGUGAUAUGCUUAUAUUCUGCUGUAUAUUUAUCCACUAUUUUGAAUUUCGUUGUCACUAAGUGAACCUCUUGUGCAGUGUAUGGUGUUGUGUUGUCACACAUUGUAACCAGCCUUUGUGUGCAUUAUUGAUUUGUGAUUGUACGUUCAGUUUUCCAAUCCAGUGUCAUAUCUGACGACUUGUUCCACAAAACAGGCCGAGGGCCCUGCCUCUUUGCACAUGUUGACUAUUGUCUUUAAAUUUCAGAGUUUUCUGGUGCCAGAUUUUGGAAGGUGAGAGAUCUCAAGGCUUUUUUUUUUUUUGUUGUUGUUGUUUCCUGCACAGUCCUCCACCAGUGCUCAUCUCACUGCAUUCUCAUCCUCUUGCCAGUGGCUUUGUUUUUUUUGCUUCAGACAUUCAUAUUCUUAAAACACUUGUUUGUCCAGAUUGAUUCCGGUAAACAUUUCGCGGACGGUUAAUUGAAUUCUGUGUCUCUGAAUAGCUGCAGCGUGCGACUUUGAAACGGGCAUCGCCAGCCUCAAACCAGCACAUCGUCCUUUAUAUGGAGUCUAAUUCCACCACAGCUGAAUACAUAUCACUCCAGUCUUUUAUUGAUCUACAGCUUACAGAAUGGCCAUUGUUUACCCAGUAAAAAAAAAAAAAAAGAGAAAAAAAAACCUGAAACAAACUAAACAAAACUGUUCUGUCAUUUUUAUAGUGCGUUGUUUCUUAUGUACAAAAGAAAACAGAUGUUCGGUGGCAGUGUUUUAUGAAUUUGGUCUGCUGUAAGUAUGACUGUGCCUUUGGAGGUGGUAGAAUGCAAUUCAGAUGUUUUUAAUUUUAAAGAUAUAAAUUAAAGUAAUUUUUAAAAUUGCACUUGCA